GUUUUGUUUUAAAUUUUUUACAAUCCUCAUUCCCAGAUAAAAUUAAGAGACUCCAUUUUUGGUCCAGUGGCCAAAUGGAUCUGAAAAGGUGCAACUACUUAAACUCCCUGACCACACUCAGCUCAAAAGUCGUUCGAGAAAUUAACUUUAGCCAAUUCAGCAUCGGCCUGCCCCAACUCAAGAGGCUAGUGGCAGCUUUCAGACAUGUGAGAACUUUGUGGUUGACACAUUGCAGGCUAUCUAUCCCAAGUGUUCCUGAUUUGUCAAAGGCUCUGAAGAAUUGCCAAAUCCAGGUAAUAGAUUUAGAAGGAUCAGGAGACUCGGAUUGAAGUGAUUGGGAGAACAACUUCGACGAGUUCGAGAACUUGGUACAAGGGUUAGCAAGCUCUUCAGAUUUAAGAUUGAGUCUUGAAGAAGUAUAUGUCUAUGGCUGCGAAGUAACCCGAUAUAAAGUUGGCCAAGUCUUUGAAGAAAACCAGCUUGGAGGAGUUAACGUAAUUGGUGGACUUUAAAUUUUGGUUAA